AUGGCCCAGUGCAACCAUUCAAAAGAGCUUUCUCUCCAGAGCACAUCAAAUGAGUCACUGAAUGCCACGGUGUGGGAUGAGACCACACUGCUAGGGCUGAAGAUCUUACUGGCAGUCGUUCUGUCUGUUAUAACUCUGGCAACCAUUCUUUCAAAUUCCUUUGUAAUUAUCACCAUUUUUCUCACUAGAAAGCUUCAUACACCUGCAAAUUAUCUCAUUGGCUCCUUGGCGGUGACUGAUCUCUUAGUUUCUAUCUUAGUAAUGCCAAUCAAUAUUGCUUAUACUGUCAGCCACACGUGGACCAUUGGUCAAGUUAUGUGCGAUAUCUGGUUAUCGUCAGACAUCAUCUGCUGCACAGCCUCAAUCCUGCACCUCUGUGUUAUUGCACUGGACAGAUACUGGGCCAUCACAAAUGCUUUGGAAUAUGCAAAAUGUCGGACAGCCGGUAGAGCAACCCUCGUGAUAGCUGUUGUCUGGGUGAUCGCUAUUUGUAUUUCUAUGCCACCACUUUUCUGGAGACAGGCAAAAGCUCAUGAAGAAAUGGCAGACAGUACUGUGAACACUGAUCAGAUUUCCUACACAAUCUAUUCAACCUGUGGAGCUUUCUAUAUCCUGAUUGUGCUCCUUGUUAUACUGUGUGGGAGAAUUUACGUAGCAGCUCGAUCCAGGAUUCUUAAGCCACCUUCAAUAUAUGGAAAAUGAUUUACCACAGCCCAACUGAUUACUGGCUCCAUUGGGUCUUCUCUCUGCUCCAUUAACUCUAUCCUUCACGAGGGGCAUGCUCAUUCAGGGGGCUCCCCAGUAUUUAUCAAUCAUGUGAAAAUCAAACUGGCAGAUAGUGUCCUGGAAAGGAAAAGAAUUUCUGCUGCAAGAGAAAGGAAAGCCACAAAAACUCUGGGCAUUAUCCUGGGAGCUUUUAUUUUCUGCUGGCUGCCAUUCUUUGUUGUGACCCUGGUCCUGCCCAUCUGUCAGGAUGCCUGCUGGUUUCAUCCAAUCCUAUUGGACUUUUUUAAGUGGCUAGGUUACUUAGGCCUUGCCUUAAACUCGCUUAUCAAUCCAGUCAUAUACACUGUUUUUAAUGAAGAGUUUAAACAGGCCUUCCAGAAACUAAUCCAGUUAAAAAAAUGUUCUUAG